AUGGGUUUUGGUAUUAGAUGGAGGACCUGGGUAAAGGAAUGUGUGACUACAGCAUCUAUGUCAGUGUUGAUCAAUGGGUCACCAACCAAGCCGUUCAAGAUGGAGAGGGGCCUCAAACAAGGCGAUCCUCUCUCUCCUUUCCUGUUUGUUCUCGUUGAUGACGUUUUGCACAGGAUGGUGGGGGAGGCGGUUAGAAAUAGUAGAAUAUCUCCACUGCUGGUGGGAAGGGACAAUAUAGAAUUGUCGCAUCUCCAAUUUGCAGACGACACCAUCUUAUUUUAUCCACAGGAAACAGAGACGCUAGUGAAUUACAAGAGGCUCCUACGUUGUUUUGAGUUAAUGUCAGGCCUGAGUAUCAACUUUGAAAAAUCGAGCCUAAUUUCAGUCAACUCUGAGAAGGAAUGGGUGACGAGUAUGUGUGGUCUGUUGGGUUGUGGCGAAGCGAUAUUACCUGUCAGCCUGCCGGUUUACUACUUAAGCUUGUAUAAGAUGCCAAAGGGGGUUGCAGAAAAGAUCAUUGGGCUUCAAAGAAGGUUCCUGUGGAGUAAAGAAGAUGGGAAUAACGGGAUACCACUGGUGAAAUGGGAGGUAGUUCAGGCUCUGAAAAAGCUAGGAGUUGGACCCAACUUUAAUGUUAUCAAACCAACCUUUGCCAUCAAGAGGGGGCCGUGGAAAGAUAUUUGCCAGCUUAAUAUUAAGGAGCAACAGGCAAGAGAUAUGAUGAUCAGGGGUCUGUCGAUGGAGGUGGGAAAUGGUAGGAACAUUCGUUUUUGGGAGGAUGAGUGGUUACAAGAUGGCUCUUUGAAAGAAUGUUUUCCAAGACUCUUCUCUGUUUCAAAUCAACAAGGAUCCGUAAUAGGGGAAUGUGGGUUUUGGGAUGGGCUAGAGUGGGUGCUACAAAAUGAGACUCUCCCAGACGACAUCACGAGUUACAACUUCACAAGCUCCAUUUGGAGAGGCUUGGUUCCUCCAAGAGUUGAACUCUUUGCUUGGUUUGUGCUAGUAGGCAGGGUGUGGUGUGCAUGGCUGACGUUUUUUGAUAGAGCUUGGGCCAUCCCGGGAACCACUAAAGAGUUUUAUGAGAGCUGGAUCGAAGCAAUAGGUAGGAAGUCUGAGCAAAGAAAAUGGCUGAUAGAAUUCUGUGCGGUUAUUUGGAACAUCUGGUUGGAGCAGAAUAACAGAGUUUUUCAGCAGGUAGAGACAAAUGUUGAAGGAUUAAAGAUCAUGUCCUUCUUGAGUUACAAGGAAUGGUGUGGAGUCGAUCCGUUUGGUUGUUGA